GGGAAUUACCCUCUAAAACUGAUAAUGACAAUAACAAGUUACGGAAAUCAUUCCUUAAUUAAUUGGUUUGUUGACUUCGAAAAACAGCGUACUUUAUGCAAUUUCUCCACGCUACCUGCAAGUUAGCACUCACUCGUUGGCAUCAAUCUAUCGACUUCGUCGGUGACAUCUGUCUAGAGUAAUAUCUGGUUAAACCCUAAAUUCAUCCAGAUGGAUUUUCUUUACAGAUAGGAGUGCACAAAUCUGGGCGUGAAAUCAAAACAGAGUGUGAGCAAUCUUCGACAUCAUGUCAGAUGCUCGUGAGCCCGUGAGUAGUACGACCAUCGGACUUGGUGCACAAAGCGAUGCCACUUUACCAAGCAUUGAAACUGAGGUUAUAGAGAGUCUGAACAUCUAUGGUGGUCAAACAGUGAAGGCAAGUACAUAUGAAAGAAGUGGAGCACUUCCAACCUUGAGGAGUAUUACAAUCACUGAGUAUGACGAAAACGAAACGGUCCGCACGGUGUUCGAAGUUGAUACACAACCUCUUGCACAGGACGAUCCCACGUUACAAAUUGUGGAUUGUGGAUUUCGAUGGAAUGCCUGUGCAUUGACCGAUUACAGGGUGCAAAGCAUUGAAACUGAGGUUACAGAGAGUCGGAACAUCCAUGGAGGUCGAACAGUGAAGGCCAGCAGAUAUCAAAGAAGUGGAGCACUUCAAUUCUUGAUAAGUUCUACAAUCAUUGAGUAUAAAGAGAACGAAACUGCCGUUUCGCGCAAGGUGUACGAUUCACUUGGACGUCAGAUCAGUGGAUAGGGUACUGAAUUCGAGGGUGGUGUAUUUACAUACAGGGUACUGAAUUCGACGGUGGUGUAUUUACAUACGGCGCUUGGGUACAGUUUGAUUGAUUUCGAGUAGAAUAUAUCAGAAUAAAUUAGAAACCCAACGAAGCUUAUGACGAAUUGGUACAAGCUGUGUACCAAUUCGUCAAUGAAAAUGAAAAGUCCAUAGAGUUUCUUUAACUCAAGGAGAUGAACGUUUUCUUAGAAGAGUAGAAGAAGACUGCAGAGCAAGCUAUGCUCAUGGCUCGAGAAGAAUGUGAGUAACUCUGUUGAACACAAGACAUUUAGGUCAAGAGAUUUGUGGCAUGGAAGAGCCACCUUCGGACCUCACUUACGUGAAGUGAAGAUUGUGAGCUGCACUUUAGAUGAAUUAUGCUGACUAUCUAGUCGCUAGAUAUAGCUAGAAAAGUUCACUGACGCCAAUACGCGAGUUGAUGAAGACUAAGACUGAAGAGGGACAGAUGAGAUGAUUAUCUAUUUCUUUGAAAUCUGAUGUUUCAAUGUGUAGAUUUUGUUGAACUGACUAAAAGGGAGAGCAAUUAAGCUCUGUAAAC